GGGCAGUCAGGCUGGGAAGCUCUGGGCUGCGCGAGGCAUCUCCGCACUUCAGCCCUUAUAAUAAUAAGAAGAAGCGCUUCAUCAGGAACGGAGCCGACACGCACCGUAACGUGCUGAAGCUCCGAAAGCCCUGCUCCUUAUGGACACUCAUCAUGCGCAGGAUUAGGGCCAACGCCAUCGCCAUCCUGACCGUCGCUUGGAUCCUGGGCACCUUUUAUUACCUGUGGCAGGACAACAAGCCGCGCGCGAGCCCUUCUUCAGCGUCUCAGGCGCGCGCCGUGGGCGCCAAAAGCCGCGGGCCGAAACCCGCCGCCUCGGGACGAGUGGACAUCCGGCGAGAGGACAGGACUCUUCCGCUUAUAGUGACCCAUCCUCCACGGUCUGAGCAGCAGACUCAGUUGUUGGGCAGCUUUGAUGAGAGAGCCUAUUUAGCCAGUAAACAGCUGAAAGCAGGAGUGGAUCCGUACAAAGAGCAUGCUUUCAACCUGCAGGAGAGUGACAGACUGGGAAGUGAAAGGGCCAUCAGAGAUACACGACACUACAGGUGUGCCUCAGUGACAUUUGACCCUGACCUGCCCUCCACCAGCAUCAUCAUCACCUUCCACAAUGAAGCUCGCUCCACCCUCCUACGCACCAUUAAAAGUGUACUUAUCAGAAGUCCACCCCAUCUGAUACAAGAAAUUAUUCUUGUGGAUGACUUCAGCUCUGACCCUGAGGACUGCCAGCUGCUCUCUCAGAUCCCCAAAGUGCGUUGCUUGAGAAAUGAACAGCGAGAGGGUUUGAUCAGGUCUCGGGUGAGGGGAGCUGGCGCUGCAUCAGCUUCUAUCCUCACCUUCCUGGACAGCCACUGUGAGGUGAACACAGACUGGCUCCAGCCUAUGAUACAGAGAGUCAAAGAGGAUCAUACUAGGGUUGUCAGCCCCAUCAUUGAUGUGAUCAGCCUGGACAACUUUGCUUACCUGGCAGCCUCCGCUGACCUCAGAGGAGGGUUUGACUGGAGCUUACACUUUAAAUGGGAGCAGAUUCCUAUUGAGCAAAAAAUGGCUCGAACUGAUCCAACUCAGCCAAUCAGGACUCCAGUGAUUGCAGGUGGGAUCUUUGUUAUGGAUAAGAGUUGGUUCAAUCACCUGGGCCAGUACGAUACUCACAUGGACAUCUGGGGUGGUGAAAACUUUGAGCUGUCAUUCCGGGUAUGGAUGUGUGGAGGCAGUCUGGAAAUUUUACCCUGCAGUCGCGUGGGCCACGUUUUCAGGAAACGCCAUCCUUAUGAUUUUCCAGAAGGCAAUGCUCUCACUUAUAUCAAGAAUACAAGGCGAGCUGCAGAAGUGUGGAUGGAUGACUAUAAGCAGUAUUAUUAUGCUGCAAGACCUUCUGCUCAGGGAAAGGCUUUUGGGAGUAUUGCUGACCGACUGGAUCUGAGAAGGAAGCUGAACUGUAACUCUUUCCGUUGGUAUCUGGAGAAUGUGUAUCCUGAGCUCAAGAUUCCAGAGCAGAAGGGUGUAUAUAGUCUGCUGAAACAGGGUGGAUUCUGCUUAGAGAGCUACAACAGAGACAGUCUGGGUCUGGCUGAGUGCAAGAGUGGCUCAAGUAUACCUGCCUCACAGAAAUGGAUGCUGGUUGAGCCUCAGAUCCGCCAACAUGACCUGUGCUUGACUAUCACAGCAUUCUCCUCGGGGUCAAAGGUCAGACUGGAGCCCUGCAGCCCUAAAGAGUCCAGACAGAGAUGGAAGCCGAGAGGUCCGGCACUGCAGCACUUGGUCAGCGGAUUGUGUUUGGACAGCCAGCCCCCAGCAGGCCCGCCAGUUAUCGCACAGUGCCGCCCCCAGAUGGCCAGCCAAUCCUGGGAGCCUCAGCUGGUCACCUGACUUCGAGACAGCGGGGUGAAGGAGCGCGAGAGGGAAGGAGUUUAGAAGGGUCGCAGAAUCUUGCUUGCUUAAGGGCCAAGAGGAACGUCUGCACGCUGUUUUAAUUUGACUGUGCUGCUUUGAGACAAGUAAACCAGGGCCAUGUCCAAAAACCACUUUAGCAACCUUUACAUCCUCUUCUGUCCUUAUACCUCUGAUCGUAAAUGACAGGCCAGUGUUAAAAACAAAGUCAAAUAUAGAGAGUUUUAUCUUUGAAAGCUACUUCUAUUCAGUCAUAUUUGGACCUGGUCAAGGUUUACAACAUAAUGGGAUUAUCCAUGGCUUACAUGAGAAGGUUGUAACAUUUAGUUUUUUUUUCCCCCUGUUGAUUGCUUAUGGACUCAAAGAGAAAGACUAGUUAUGUAUGUUUAUACCUUUUACUGCCUUUGAGAACAGCCACUGAGCCCCUACCAGUAUAAUAUCAUUCCCUCAUGUAGAUCAUUUGCUAAAGCUUAUUAUUAAGGUCAGUGUUUCUCUUGAAUCAGCAUUAUUAAAUAUUUAUCCAUUCUGAUCAAUGAAGCCUUAGAUAAAUGGAUAAAAUACAAUGCAUCAAAUGUACAUACUUUAAAAAGUCAUCUUUGGAUCUUUUUUUUCCUAGGUACCAGACAAGUUUUAAUAUGAGAUCUGUGCUUACAGCAGUUUUGAAAAACAAGCUUCACCGAGCUUGCCUGGUCCAGCAGGUGCAGCCCUGAUGCAUUGUGAUCUUUGAGCCAUGGUCAGUGUAAACAUUGUUUACACUGGAUACCGAGUUUGGAUACCUGAUCUCUGAAAAAGUAACCUCUGCAGAGCUGAUACUUUGUUUGAGAUUGGACAUGUGAAUGUAGCAGAAUUUGAAAGUAAAGUAAAGAUAUGUAUAAAUCUGGGCUAACAACUUCAUUUAGUUUAAUGUUAGGUAACUUGCAAAUCCUUAUAAUGAGUUUCAAUUGUGCAUGGUACUGUGAAGCACCGCAAAAAGACAUUUGUGAUGUCAUAUCCAAAGACCCUGUUUUUGUUUACAUUUGUUUGACAUUUUUGUAAAUAUUUAAACUUUUUUUUUUUGCAAUCAUGAACAAAAUGAGCAUUCUUGUAAGUUGAAAAAUAAAGUCUAUAGCCCAGAGAA